AUGCGAGCUGGCAGUGUUAGGGAGCGAGGCAGCUCUGAGGGCGUGAGGGAGAGCGGGAGGUGCAAGGCGACGCCGAAGGCCAGUGAGCAGGGGCUCAUUGCGGCCGAAGGGACCGUGGAGGCCAUUCUGGCUGCGGAGGCUGAGGCCCUGCGAUGGUCCCUGGUUCCGGGCCGCCAGCUCCCCACUGUUAUCAGCUUUUACAGUGGACUUGUUCCGUUUGCACCCACUUUGCCUCCCGAGGUGAAGCGGAGCUGCCCUUCAUGUGGCCCAGAGCCUGGGGGUGAAGAGAAGAAGGGGAGAGGGAACCCUAUUUCAGUUCAGUUGUUUCCCCCAGAGCUGGUGGAGCAUAUCAUCUCGUUCCUCCCAGUCAGAGAUGUAGUCGCCCUUGGCCAGACCUGCCACUACUUCCGAGAAGUGUGCGACACUGAGGGCGUGUGGAGACGCAUCUGUCGCAGGCUCAGUCCUCGCCUACGAGAACAGGGUUCCGGGGUCCGGCCGUGGAAGAGAGCUGCCAUUCUUAACUACACAAAGGGCCUGUAUUUCCAGGCAUUUGGGGGCCGCCGCCGCUGCCUCAGCAAGAGUGUAGCCCCCUUGCUAGCCCACGGCUACCGCCGCUUCUUGCCCACCAAGGACCACGUCUUCAUUCUCGACUACGUGGGGACCCUCUUCUUCUUCAAAAAUGCCCUGGUCUCCUCCACCCUUGGCCAGAUCCAGUGGAAGCGCGCCUGCCGCUAUGUUGUGUUGUGUCGCGGAGCCAAGGAUUUUGCCUCGGACCCAAGAUGUGACACAGUUUACCGUAAAUACCUCUAUGUAUUGGCCACUCGGGAGCAGCUGGGAGUGGCAGGCACGACCGGCAGCCGGGCCUGCGACUGUGUCGAGGUCUAUCUGCAGUCCAGUGGGCAGCGGGUCUUCAAGAUGACCUUCCACCACUCCAUGAGCUUCAAACAGAUUGUGCUGGUUGGUCAGGAGACCCAGCGGGCUCUGCUGCUCCUCACAGAGGAAGGAAAGAUCUACUCUUUGGUAGUGAAUGAAACCCAGCUGGACCAGCCACGCUCCUACACAGUUCAGCUGGCCCUGAGGAAGGUGUCCCAUUGCCUGCCUCACCUGCGUGUGGCCUGCAUGGCUUCCAACCAGAGCAGUACUGUCUACAUCACAGACCAGGGGGGAGUGUAUUUUGAGGUGCACACCCCAGGGGUGUAUCGUGAUCUCUUUGGGACCCUUCAAGCCUUUGACCCCCUGGACCAGCAGAUGCCGCUUGCUCUCUCACUGCCUGCCAAGAUCCUUUUCUGUGCUCUUGGCUAUAAUCACCUUGGCCUGGUGGAUGAAUUUGGCCGAAUCUUUAUGCAGGGAAAUAACAGAUAUGGGCAGCUGGGAACAGGGGACAAAAUGGACCGAGGGGAACCCACACAGGUACAUUAUCUGCAAUGCCCCAUUGCCCUGUGGUGCGGCCUCAACCACUCCCUGGUGCUGAGCCAGGGCUUGGACUUCAGCAAGGAGCUGCUGGGCUGUGGCUGUGGGGCUGGAGGCCGCCUCCCCGGCUGGCCGAAGGGGAGUGCCUCCUUCGUCAAGCUCCAUGUCAAGGUCCCUUUGUGUGCCUGCUCCCUCUGCUCUACCAGAGAGUGCCUCUACAUGCUGUCCAGCCAUGACAUCGAGCACCAUCCCGCCUAUCGGGACCUACCGGCCAGCAGGGUGGUGGGGAACCCCGAGCCCAGCCCAGGGGCCGGAGCACCCCAGGACCCUGGUGGGACAGCCCAGGCCUGUGAGGAGUACCUCAGCCAGAUCCAUAGUUGCCCCACGUUGCAGGACCGCAUGGAAAAGAUGAAGGAGAUCGUGGGCUGGAUGCCCUUGAUGGCUGCACAGAAGGAUUUCUUCUGGGAGGCCCUGGAUAUGCUGCAGACGGCUGCUGGAGGGGUUGGCGAAGGCCCCCCAACCCCUGAUAGCUGACCCCUCUCUCCUACUCUCCCCCCUAGAGGGAGAGUCUGGCUCUGGGCCAGGGGCACACACUGUGUGUGUGCAUGGGGAGGAGGACAUAGCGGGGUGAGGACUGUUUUCUAAAAUGUUCAGAGGGCUGCCCAGGAGGGGCCCCCAACCUGACUAUCAUGGACAAGAGAUUUGAUGGACAAAUAGAAUAAAAGGCUGAAAUGAG